AUGUCCCUGUCCCCACCGCGACCCCGUCCAGCCCCGCGGGCCCUCGCUCACAGCAGGGCGGGCGGGGGGCUGGCGCUGUCCCCUGGCUCCCGUGGCCGGGGGCUGCGUGUCCCCGCUGUGCUGACACAGCGGCUGGGUGCAGUGGGGCAUAAGGUCCCCGCUCAUUGUUCACCUUCCGGCCCCGCCGCUCCGGUCACCGCGGCCAGCGCUGGACACACCGCGGGCACGCGCAGCCACUCGGGCCACCACGGCCACCACCGCGGCCAGGGGGGUCACCGCGGGCAGCUGGGCCACCACAGGCAGGUACUGCCACUGCACCCAGCUGUGUCACCCCAGCCGGAUGUGUCACCUCACCCAGCUGUGUCACCUCACCCAGCUGUGUCACCUCACCCAUCUGUGCCACUGCACCCAGCUGUGCCACCACAGGCAGGUAUUGUCACCACAGCCAGGUAUUGCCACCUCACCCAGCUGUGCCACCAAAGCCAGCUGUGCCACCGCGGGCAGGUAUUGUCACCACAGGCAGGUGUUGUCACCACAGCCAGGGGUUGUCACCACAGCCAGGUGUUGUCACAACAGGCAGGUAUUGUCACCACAGCCAGGUGCUGUCACCACAGGCAGGUAUUGUCACCACAGGCAGGUGUUGUCACCACAGCCAAGUAUUGUCACCACAGACAGGUAUUGUCACCACAGGCAGGUGUUGUCACCACAGCCAAGUAUUGUCACCACAGACAGGUGUUGUCACCACAGGCAGGUAUUGUCACCACAGCCAGGUGUUGCCACCACAGCCACCGUGCAGCUGGCUGUGCCACCGCGGCCAAAUGUGCUCCUGCAAGUGCCACCACGGUGAGAUGUGCCACCACACCCAGGCGUGUCACCACAGCCCCCGUGUCCCCGCAGCCACCCCGCGCCAUCCCUGCGGUGACGCUGGGGCUGUUGUCCCUUCUUCCUGGCGGUCCCUGUCCCUUUCCGUGUCCCCUCCCUGCUGGGGUCUCGCACACAGUGCGGAGUGCGGUGUCACCUGCUGGUGGCUUCCUUCAACUGCAGGGAUGUGUGCAGAUACAUUGCUGUAUUUUUAACAUUUUUAUAAAUUAAAAAUAUUAAUAUAUUAAUAAAUUAAAAUAUUUAUACCUAUAGAUAGAGCUAUGGAUGUGUAUACAUAUGUCUGUAUAUAUACAUAUAUAUACAUAUAUAUAUAUAUACACAGGUACUUGUUUAUGUUCAGACAUAAA